AUGAGUACCAGUGUCAACAUCCAACAACUAAAACCAGAAGAGCAUGUUACGAUAGUUGAAAGUCAAGGUCAACCAGAAAUUCAAUAUGGUAACUGUUGCACUAAAGGUAUUUCCUUCAUUCAAAACGGGAUCUACACAUUUUUCAGUGAGCAUAAUGCAGUGCUGUGGCGAGUGUUCUGGUUCAAAGUGGGCGUGUUGUUUUUCAUUUAUUUCGGUUUCGCCAUGUACACACGGUUUGGUGACGAAGGCUCCCUACGACUGCUCGUGUGCACCGUGUUUGGGGUGUUUGUGCUUGUCGUACAUUUUACCUGGAGAUGGACUGGAAGACCUUUUAUUUGGCUUGGUGAGGCUCUAUCAAGCCGGCAGAACAAACGGAAAGUCCAGAUCUUACGCUGGAUUAUGUACUUGGUGUCUGCAGUAAUAAGUAUAGUGGUGCUUAUCAAAGAGGUGGCACUGGAGACUCCGGAAAAUCUGAUAUCGCUGGCUGGAUUGGCUGCUUUCAUCCUGGUCUCCUACAUCAUUUCAACGAAUCCAUCUAGGGUCAACUGGCAUCCAGUGUAUUGGGGAAUUAUAGUGCAGUUUUUCUUUGCCCUCGUCAUUCUCAGAACGUCUGGGGGCUAUGUAGCUUUCAAAUGGAUGGCUGACAGAGUUAAAGAAUUCCUUGCACAUACCAACGCUGGCUCUGUAUUCGUUUUUGAUAAUCCAAGUGCUCACUUUUUCGCCUUCUCGCUGAUGCCAGUGGUGACUUUCUUCAGUGCUGUUAUCUCUAUCCUGUACUAUCUCGGCGUCAUGCAGGCGAUCGUCGGCGUGAUCGGAAGAUUUCUCGGAUUCUGUCUCGGAACGACGCCGGUCGAAUCUUUAACUGCAGCUGGAAACAUAUUUAUAGGAAUGGUGGAAGCUCCGCUCAUGAUCCGACCGUUCCUGAAUAAAAUGACGAUCUCUGAGCUACACGCCAUGAUGACCGGGGGGUUCGCCACCAUCGCCGGGGGCGUGCUUGGCGCUUACAUCGGUUUUGGGAUUCCCGCUAAUCACCUAUUAUCGGCGUCAGUGAUGUCGGCUCCAGCAGCUCUUGCCAUGUCAAAAUUAAUGUGUCCAGAAACGGAGGAACCAAUGAUAUCAGAUCAGGACUACGGGAAAAUAGAAGUCAGUUCAGAAAGAAACCUGAUUGACGCCAUAGCGACAGGGGCGACAGCUUCGAUAAAACUAAUCGCUAACAUUAUCGUAAACUUGAUCGCAUUUCUGGCUCUACUGGCGUUUGUAAACGCGACGUUGACGUGGUUUGGUGACAGAGUUGAUGUCCAUAAUCUUACAUUUGAGCUGAUAUGUUCCUACGUUCUGUAUCCUGUGGCUCUUGCUAUGGGCACAUAUCCACAAGAUUGUCGGCGGAUCGCUCAGCUUGUAGGGGUCAAAACGUUCACCAAUGAAUUCAUCGCUUACCAACGCCUGAAGGACUUGCUUGAAAACAAGAAACUGUGGCUAAACUACACACAGGUUUACAACAGCUCUUCUGAUUGGCUGUGGCGUGACCAGGAUGCCUUUCUUGUGAGAACAAACGUAACACUGGUUGGAGGAUUUUUAUCGACACGUUCCGAGGUGAUCGCUACAUACGCCUUGUGUGGAUUUGCCAAUAUCGGCUCUGUAGGAAUUUUACUAGGAGGGUUGUCUGCUCUUGCCCCGAAAAGGAAGCCGGAAAUGUCGAGGAUCAUUUUGAGAGCCAUGAUUGCCGGCAACAUUGCUUGUUUUAUGACGGCGUGCGUUGCAGGAUUGUUUUACCGGGAAUUUAAAGAUGAAGCGUAUAAAGUUUCCUAACGUUUUUCUCAAAUGAAAAACCAUUGAAUGAUAAAGUGAAGUUCGCCAUCAUCAACAUAUAGAUAGAUAGAUAGAUAGAUAGAUAGAUAGAUAGAUAGAUAGAUAGAUAGAUAGAUAGAUAGAUA